AUGGUGUUUGGCGACAGAGCGGACAAUGAACCUCUCGACUUCAGCCCAAGCGAACAGCUACAGCCCAGGCCCAGACCAACACCUUGUGCGGCGGUGCCCUGGUCUCGAAAUUCCGAGCGGCGGUGCCCUGGUCUCCCAAAAAAAGAGAAAAAAAAGGUCCCUUGCGGCUCGCGAACGGCGGCGACGGCGACGGCGCUCCUCCACGACCUCGCGCUCCUCCAGGCCGCGCCGUCUUGUUGGCUCUCGGCCGCUCUCCACAGCUGCGCCAAGGGACGUCAGCGUCAUCUGCCGUUGCCCGCCGACCCCCGUCAUCGGACUCGGAGGCCAUGGUUCGAGGUGCAGGCAGCAGGCGGCCGACGUGGAAGAGCCGGGGGUGGUGGGGGUGAUCAUUUCGCCAUGGGGCAGGUUGGUGAUGGGGCUCCAGCGGUGCCAAUUGAUGGAGAUGGGCCGCCGAUCGCUGCCGCAGCCCAAGGGGGGUGAUUAAUCAAAAAUGGUAUGAACGGUCCCAUGAAAGGUUCACAUGGAAUGGAAUGUUGCAUCCUCACGUGGAUCAUAUGAAGCGCACCAAGAUCCUACCUAAGGCUCGUAACCGCAUCAAGAAAGUCCCAGGUACAUGUUAUUUCAUAAGCGAACUAUCUAUUUCUACCAAUCUGACAAUAAUGUUAUUACACAUGCUAUAUGUUACUUUCGAAGGAAGCUGUGUAUACUACUCCAUUGCUUCCGCACUUGAGGCUGCAAAUCGAGUUUGCGGAGUGGAGGUAGAUGAGUUAGCGUGGGAAGACUUGUACGAGAUGGUCAGGGAAGAUAAUCCGGAUCGCACUGCUGCAGCACUUCGAGUGCUAAAAUACCGUGGAAUUCGGAGAAGAGUUGAUUAUGAUAAG